AUGUUCUUCAAAAACUCUGCUAAAGUGGUCAUAAUGAAUUCUGCCUGCAUUUUCAAGGGCCUGGGUUUCAGCCCCCCUGCACACUCUUGUAAUGACUGGAUCGGCCCCCCUGACAAGCACUCCAACCUGCGGCCGGUCAUCUUCUACGUGCCCCCUGAAGAGUCGCCCCUGGAGCGGCGGCUCCAGGCCUGUGACCAGCGCUUCUGGGCACGGCACAACUGCACCUUCCGCCAGGAAAAAGAAGAAUUUAUUUAUUCAAGACUGAAAGCCAAAGGUCUGGAAAUGAGAGAUGAAACAGGUCAAAAAGCAACACUGAAUGCAGAAGAAAUGGCUGACUUUUACAAGGACUUUCUAAGUAAAAAUUUUAGAAAGCAUAUGCAGUAUAACAGAGAUUGGUAUAAACGUAACUUCACUAUCACAUUCCUCAUGGGACAAGUAGCACUGGCAAGAGCUCUGAGGUGGCUUCGCUGGAAAAAGAAAAACAUUGGCAAUUAA